UGGCUCGUUGUGCGUCGACUCGUCAAGGGAGAGGAUCCUUGUCUGCCCCCGCCGCCACUGAACUGGGCUCCUCUUCUUCCUCAUCUUCUUCCUCCUCCUGCAUGUGUGUUUCUGAGGGGACAUACAAGUCAAGGUCCAGUGAGAGACUGGGUGCAAAAGACGCGCCCACUCCCUGUUGCGCACGAUUUUACGAAAGUAGGUUAUACCUGCUGUGCAUCCAGAGAGUGUUUUUCUUCUCAUGGGAAGGAUACGGCAACACUGUUGCUAAAAACUCAGUAUAUCGUGCAGAGAUGGUUCUCCAAAGGAUUUUUCGUGCUGUUAUUAUGGGACCUCCGGGGUCGGGGAAAGGAACCGUGUCUGCACGCAUUACCAAAACUUUUGGGCUAAGCCACAUUUCCAGUGGGGACAUUUUGAGAUCCAACAUCAGCAACAAAAGCGAGCUGGGUCUGUUGAUGAAGUGCUGUAUUGAUCAAGGUCAGCUGGUACCUGAUGACGUCAUGUCCCGUCUCAUCCUGCGUGACCUGAGAGCAAUGGACCACAGCAGCUGGCUGCUCGAUGGUUUCCCUCGUACAGUACCCCAGGCCGAAGCUCUGGAUGACGCACACAGUGUGGAUACAGUCAUCAACCUCAAUGUACCUUUCCAGACCAUCAAACAGAGGCUCACUUCACGCUGGACUCACCUUCCCACCGGCAGAGUCUACAACGUGGAUUUCAACCCGCCUAAAGUCCCUGGUUUGGAUGAUGAGACAGGAGAGCCUCUGGUCCAGAGGGACGAUGACACACCUGAUACGGUCACACUGAGACUGAAGGCCUAUGAAAACCAGACAGAGCCCGUCUUAGAGUACUACAGGAGUAACGGUGUGCUAGAGACCUUCACUGGGACAGAAACCAACAUGAUUUGGCCGCACGUCGAGGCUUUCCUCCACAAAAAACUCUUCUCCGUCAAACAGAAAGUCGCAUAGAAGAAAGCCUGAUCAGGAAAGCACAAGAAGGGGUAAAGUUUACCAGCAGAAACCACUCUGUACUCACAUCGUCCAAUCAGGUGCCUCUUUCUGUAAAACAAGAGCUAUCUGUGCAAUAAUAUAUUCUGAAUGUUCAAAGUGAAGAGCUCAUAGAGUAUGUCAGGAAGUGUUAGUAAGACAACAGAUGUACUUGGAAAAGCCUCCACUUUUUCAACAAUGCUGUUGACUUAAAAUAACUCCUAACAUGUGUACAUAAAGUACUUCAAAAAUUGUAUUGUCUCUUUCUAUAGAAAUGUGCCUUUAUAAAGCCAAGAGACUUUAAUGAAACAGAUAUUAGAAAAUCAUUGUUCCUAAAUAAGAAGUUUUAGUGUUUCUAAAUGCAAUCAUUAAUUUCAUCUUAGUUGAUGAAAAGAAUGGGCACACACAAGAUCUUUUUAGAGACAUUUCAUUUUUUUGAAUCCUUUGAAAGCAAUAUUUUUUGCCCUGGCAUAACUACCUUGGGGAUGUGUUUUAUGCAGUGAGAAAAUACUAAAGGGAACUGUGCCGUGUUUAACAAAUUACUGUCAAUUCACUUUAGCAUUUAAGUGCCUCUUUCCGCUUGUAAUAAUGUAUAAACUAGGGCUGCUCAAUUAAUCGUAUUUUAAUCGCGAUUACGAUUAUGGUUUGAAACGAUUACGAAAACAACGUAAUCAAAAUAAAACGAUUUAUUUAUUUAUUAUUAUUACUUUUUUUUUGUAUUGGUUUUUCAGUUGAAUUAUACUUAAAGUUCAGGGUAAUCAACUGUUAAAAACAUACAGUUCACAUUUUUUUUUCUCCAAUAAAUUAAUGUUUUCAAAGUAAAUGGAUAAUCGUUUUUCAUAAUCGUGACAUCAAUUAUUGACCCAAAUAAUCGAGAUUAUGAUUUUUGCCAUAAUCGAGCAGCCCUAGUAUAAACCAAACUUAUUAUUUGGAAUAUUUAAUUAUUUAAAUUAAAAACAAUCAUGUGGCAGCUUCUUUUGACCACCUUUAGUCUUAAAUACACCCCAUUGAUUCCAUGUUAACCAGACAUUCCUCAUGACAACCAAUUAUAUAAAUGUAUACUGAUAUUUGCCAUUAAAUGUGUCUUGACAACUUAAUUGAAAUAACAUCAGUUCUGUGUUACGAAUGUCAUGUUAAAAGCCACAGAAAUGCUAAUGUGCCCUGCAAAUGUACUGUAGCCUCAUUCAUGCAGUGAAUCUGUCCUGAAUUGUACUGUGUAUUUCUUUAACACUUGAAUACAAUGCUAAAAAGCACAUCCUCUCGUAGACAAAUGUGUUAUGAGUUGCACUAAGAAUCACAAUAAACCAGACGCUGGUUUACUGAA